AUGUCUAGUUUGAAGAAGGCACUUAAGGCUGCUAAGAGUGCCAUUGAACUGAAUGAUCCUGUGUCAGCAUUAGAAUACGUGGAUGAGGCACUUGAAUUUGAUGAUACUUGUUAUUUUGCAUAUAUUUUUCAAGGUAAAUCAUACCAAUUGUUAGAUGAUAUUUCAAAGGCUACAACUUCAUUUGAAAAGGCUACUGAGUUAGAACCUGAAAAUUUGUUAGGUUGGAAGGGAUUCAUUCAAGUUGCUAAAAGUGGAAAGGAUUAUAAAUUGUUUUUCUUUGUCAUUACUAAACUUAUUGAACUUCUGAUUGAUCAAGGUAUUUCAAUUGCAGAAUCACUUCGUGAUAUAAAGUCUUAUCUUGAUACCAAUCAGUAUAAGACAAAUCAAGACUUAUACGAGUUCUAUUUAAGAUCGAUCUUGCCGUCAAGUGAAUUGGGGGAAUUGGUUGGUAAAAACUUAGGUACAGCAGAGAGUAAUCUUCGUACGUUGAUAGAUUUAGUCAAAACAAAAUUAAAUAAAGAAUUAACCGGAAGGCUAGCGAAGGAAAGAGUUAAGUUUGGAAGAGUGUUAACUAUCGAGCAGAAAUCAUAUUUGAAUAACAUAUCCUGGACCUAUUACAAUGAUUCCGAUCUCGAAUCAUUAUACGAAUCAUUUCUCAAUAUAAGUAAUGAUGAUGUGUUAAGACGUUCAUACGAAGAAGAGUAUUUAAAGCAUAAAUAUGAAGUAUUAAAGGUAAGCCCCAAUAAAGAUGAUUUAAUCCAAGACAUCAAGGAAAUGGUUGAUGGGAUGAUUUUAAUUAAAACUAAAAGUCAAUUCUGUUGGGAUUUAUAUUUCAAUUGGUUAGAUGUUAAGAGUCUAGGCGAUAUAGAAAUCGAAAAUAUUAUCUUUUACCUUAAUAACUUUUCUAAUAAAGGGUUAGGAGGGAUGUUGUUUGCCUUAUCUAUGAGUGAUAUUUCUCCAUUUGAUAAAGAAAAAAUCAUUGAAGGAAUUUCUUCAUCUGAUAAGUUUGAAAAUAAAAAAGAAGAAAAGAAGAUUGAAUUCGAAAAUGAAGAAGAAGAAAAGAUCUUACAAAGUAUUGAAGAUGAUGAUUUUGAAGUAGACAAGUCUCAAUAUAACUUAUUACCAGAUCAAGUACUUUCAUUGAUGAUCGAAGGAUUUGAACAUGCCAGUGACUCGGUCCUCGCCAAUAGGAUUAUAAUAGACUAUUAUAUCCACUUGCGUGAAUACGCUGUUUGCUCAGAAAGAUGCAGAGAAGGAAUAAAACUUUUGGCAGAUUUACAAAGAAGUCUUGGUAUUAAUUUAAAGAACACUCGUGAAGAAAUGUUAUGUUCUCUUGCUAUUGUCUACACCUACUAUGAAGCUCCAAAGAAUUUCUCGAGGGCGUUACAAUUAUAUGACAAAGUAUUGGAAGAUAAUGCAACUAAUGUUAAAGCUAGAAUCGGUAAAGGUUUGAUUUUAGCUGAAGAGCAAGAUUUUAAUGCUGCUAAAGACUUAUUACAAAAAGUAGUCGAAGAAUAUCCUGAUAAUGUUGAAGCUGCUGUUGAAUUUAACUGGUGUUUAAUUAGAUUGAAAGAUUAUACAAAAGGUAGGGAAGGAUUGAUUGCUUCAUUAGAUUCAAUAAAAGGGGCAGAUUUUUAUAGUAAAGAAAAUAGAGCCAUAAUUCACUGGAGAAUAGCAAAAGGUUUGAUUACAGAAGAUGAUUCUGACUCCUCCAAGAUUGAUCAAGCGUAUAAUCAUUUAGUGUCAUCUUUAAAGGAAUCUCAAUCAUAUGCACCAGCUUAUACUCUUCUUGGUAUAGUUCUUCAAGUCUAUUAUGGUGAUAGAUCAAGAGGUCAAAAAUGUUUUUAUAAAGCAGUUGAAUUGGAUGUGGUUGAAGUUACCGCCGCUAAAUAUUUAGUUGAAGAAGUGACGGAUAAAAAUGAUUGGAAUAUUGCUGAAGUCUUGUGUAAAAGAUUAAUUGAAUCCGAUACUGCCAGAAGGUUACUUUUGAGUAAAAACUACGAAGAUGAGGACAGAUCAUGGCCAUUCAGAGUCCUUGGUUGUUCUGCUUUGAAUAAACAAGAUGAUGCUAAAGCCGUGGAGUGGUUUCAAUCAGCCUUACGUUACAGUUCAGUUGAUGUGUCCUCUUGGACAGGUUUAGGUGAAGCCUACUUUAAUAGUGGUCGUUAUGAUGCAGCAGUAAAGGUAUUCACACAUGUUUUAGAACUUUCUCCAGAUUCAUGGGUUAGUAAACAUCUUUUAGGGUUGACAUAUUGUCGUAUGGGAGAAUUCUUAAACGGAUUUGAAAUAUUAGAAGAAGUUCUUGAAUCGCGUCCCGAAGAAGAAUGUAUAUUGAGUGCUUUAUAUGAAGGGUAUAUUGAAUAUACCAAGUCAUUAGUUGCAGGAGGGUUCUUCGGUAGAUCGGUUGAAUCUAAUUUGAAAGCUAUAAAUAUCAUUCAUCAAGCGUUUAAAGUCAAUAAGUCGUCACAAAAUUUAUGGAAAUCCUUAGCUGAUUCAGUUAGAAUUUUCCUAAUCGUUGGAGAAAACAUUGAUAAAUUCCCUAUCGAUGUAGUUCAUAGUAUCUUCAAAGAGGUCGGUUUGGCUGACUUCAAACCCAUAGAAGGAGUAACCGAAGAUGAUGGCUACAGUUUAGAAAAUGCAGUAGCUCUGUUCGAAGCUGAAAAGUAUACAUCGGCUCUUUCUUCCAUUGUUGUAUUAUGUUCUAAAGCUUCAAUUAUCGCAUUAUCAAAGAAAGCUAGUCGUUUCUUAACUUCAAUAGUUUAUUACAAUUUAGGGUUAUCUUACUUAGAAGCAUUUAAUCUCUCUAGCACUGAUAAUGAUAGAGACUUGUCUACAAAGUAUUUAAAGAAAGCUAUUCAAUUAGAAGGCAGAAAUUCAUUAUUUUGGAUUGCGUUAGGAAAUUCAUAUGUUACAAAUAAUCCAGAAAUCGCUCAACAUUGUUUUAUUAAGGCUUCUACUUUAGAUAGUAAGAAUGUUGGAGUUUGGACAAAUUUAGCUGCAUUAUAUUUAUACUGUGGUGAUAUUGAAUUAGCUCAAGAAACGUUCUUAAGGGCACAGUCUGUUGCACCACAAGAGUCUCAAUCAUGGUUGGGACAUGCUUUAACGGCGGAUGCUUUUGGAGAUAAGGCUACUUCAUCUCGAUUAUUUACUCAUGCCUUUAUCUUGUCUAACGGUAGAUCAUCCUUGGCUCAGUUUUUAUAUGGUUUAUCUAUUUUAACAACAAGAUCGACAGGAAGUGAUAUCAGAGAUUCUAAUGCAAUCCAAGAAUUUAGCGUGGCUAAUCAGGCUAUUACCAAAUAUUUGAAAUAUGCACCUAAUGAUGAAAUAGCAUUAGAAAUAUCGAUCAGUAUUGCUGAAAGAUGUCGGGAUUAUAAUGUUGCGGCCGAAGUUGGGAAUCGAUUAUGUGAUAAUUUAGAGAAGAAAUAUGAAGAAUCUGAAGAAGAUGCUGUCUUAAUUAAAUUUGCUAAUGCAAAGACUCAAUUAUCAAGAAUUUAUCUUGGAUUAAAGAAAUUUGCUGAAGCAAUUGAAAAUGCUCAAUUCGCGAUUGAUUUGAUUGGUGAUGGCGAUGAUAAGAAUACUAUUAUUUUAUCAUCAAGAAUCACGAUUGGAUUAAGUUUGUUCUUUAACAAUGAAUUUGAAGCAUCAUUAGAGCAAUUAAGUCUAAUAUUAAAAGAUUAUCAUGAUUCCAAGAGAUUGGUAACUCUUGUGUCACAAAUACUUUAUGCUAAUGGAACUGAAGAAUCUAAAAAGGCUGCCAUUGAUCAAUUAUUUACAUUUAUUGAAGAGAAUGGUUCAUCAUUAUUGGUGGUAUUGACCUUAGGAGCUAUAUCGAUUGUUGAUAAUUUAGAUGAAUAUUUAGGAGCCAUUAAAGAAGAAUUACAAGGGCUUUCAUUAGAAGAAUAUAUUAAUGAUUCACAUAGAUCAAUUCCCCAAUUAUUAGAAGAGAUCAAUGACAAGUUAGAUUCUAAAGAUGGAAGUGAUAGAGUUUGGCAACAAAGUGCUUUAUUGUUCCCAUCUGAUUUUAAUGUGUGGAGAAAUCUUAAUACGGAAAUGGCGUUAGCAAUAGCAUCAACGGCAAAUAAUAUUACAACAAGCCAGCUUUCAGAAGCUUAUUUGGAUAAUGGGAAGUUAAGAGAGAUUCAAAGAAGUAUCUUACUUUCUCCACAUAAGAUAUUAGAGUAUAGUCAAGCAUUAGAGAAUUGCUUCUAG